AUGAUCCGCUUCCUCCUCCUACAGAACAGACAGGGGAAGACUCGUCUCUCCAAGUGGUACGUUCCCUACGACGAUACCGAGAAGCAGUCGAUCCAGCUGGAGUGCCAUAAAGUCGUUACCCAACGUGAAUCAAAGUUCACAAACUUUGUAGAAUGGAGAACUCACAAGUUAGUUUACAGGAGAUAUGCGGGACUAUUUUUCACGCUCUGUGUGGAUGUAAAUGACAAUGAACUUGCUUGCUUGGAGGCAAUCCACUUGUUUGUUGAAAUUCUGGAUCAAUACUUCGGAAACGUGUGUGAGCUUGACCUUGUGUUCAACUUUCACAAGGUCUUCGUGAUUCUUGACGAAUAUUUUCUUGCCGGCGAAGUUAUGGAGACUAGCAAAGUGCAGAUUCUCAAUCGAGUGCACGAAAUCGACAGAUUGAUCGAAAGCUCCUAA